AAACGGCUGUCAACUGGCGAACCCGUCGGCGUUGGUUUGUUUAUGUGAAAAGUUUCGUAUUUUUCUGCAAAAGCCAUUUGUUUUGAGUGAGUUCGGGACGAUAAUUUUGUGUUUGAUGUGUAAAAUAUAAAUUCUUCAUUCUAGUUAAGCUUUACGCACCCGUCCCCGUGUGUAACAGCCGCCAUCAUGAUCGAUGAUCCGCAUUUCAUCGAUGCCAUGGUGCAUGAGCUCAAGUCUCAAGGUCUUUUCGAUCAGUUCCGGAAAGAGUGUUUGGCCGACGUGGACACGAAGCCCGCCUAUCAGAACCUGCGGCAGCGCGUGGAAGGGACGGUGAACAAGUUUCUCGGGCAGCAGGAAUGGUCCGACAACAUCCGGUACAAAAACCAGCUCCGAGAGCAGCUGCGUAAAAACAUCAUCGAAUCGGGCUUUUUGGACACCGGUGUGGAGCGAAUAGUGGAUCAGGUAGUGAACCCCAAAAUAGCUACCAUUUUCCAGCCAAAGGUGGAAGAGAUUGUGUACAACUAUCUCGGCAUCGAGAAGCCCAAAUCAUCCGUCAACGGGAAUGAGCAGGCAGCGGCAAGGCCAGAAUCGCUGCUGGAAGACCUGGAAGCGGUGAGCCCGGACUCGGAUAAAAAGUCCGAAGGAAGUCUCACACCAUCUCCACCACCACUGCCGCCUCAACCACCACCGCCGGAAGAGCCGGAAGAGCAUGGGGUCGAGAAUAUGGACAUCGACGAGGAGGACGAUGCGCUGGACGAGUCGAAGGAGCAGGAUGAUUUCGAAUCGCCCGCCUUCGAACCGCUCGAAAUGCGAUCGCCCAGCAAACCGAAGGAAGAUACGAACGAUUCCAACUCGUCCGUUAUCAGCGGGCUAACGUCGCAGGAGUCGGUAGAGAGCGACGAUAAGCCCGAACAUAAUCCGAUGGUCGACGCCGGGUCCGCCAAGCAAUCCACCAGUGUGCCUCCGAGCGAAGAGCAGGAAACGCCAACGACGAAAGAUUCCGAGUUCAGCCAGGAAGUGGCGCCCACAAAUGACUCGCAGCUGUCGCAGGUGUCCAGCAACAGUCAGCUGCUAACGGCGACGGCCGCAUCCUCCAGCGAGGAAGCUCAACCGCCAGAGGAGAACGAACGGCUGGACAUUACCGAGGAAGCGCAAAUGCCAACGCUGUUCAGCAGCUCCACCGACAAGCUUUCCAGCUCGAACGAAAGCGAACACGAGGGAAAAGAAGCGGGUAAGAAGAUUACGUUCGAUUUCAAGAAGGAUGAGUACGAUUUCGUUGGCACUGAGCGUCCGUCAGCAAUGACCUUGGGUGAGGAAAGCAACGCCGAAGGUAAUCGCGAGCCGGAUCCAGAAGGUAAGUGGGCAGCUUAUUAUUUGUGGAAUAAACUAAUGACAUUACGAAACUACAUAUUUGCAGAAGACAGCAGUACCCCGACGGCUACGCCUACCGAAACACCAACAGAAACACCAACCAAACCCAAAGACUCCGAAGAGCCGAACCUCGCGCUGCAGGACGAGGAAACGUCGCAGUCGGAACAUUCGCUUAAAAUUUGCGAAGACUCGUUCAGUGACGACAAUACGAAAGAUUCCCAGUCCAAAGAUGCUCCCGCCUCGGUUCAGGAUAGUCCGUCGAAGAUGAAAGGACUUACCGACGCCAGCAGCUGCAGCGUGAAGAGCGAUGACGGUGGUAAAAAUGUUACUGCAACUCCGGCAGAUGAUAAGAAAGAUGAACAGGUUCCACCCGAACCGGAACCCGAAGCUGCGAGUGAUGAACAAAAGUCGGAAGAGAAAGCAAUGGAAGAAACAAAGGAGGAAAAAGUACAGGAAAAUACCGAACGGAAGGAUAAAAGUCCAAAAUCCGACAAAGACGACGACGAUCACUACCAAGAGCAUCGCAAGCAUGAACCGAACCGUCGAUCGAGCGAUCGUGAUUCGGAGGAUGGUAACGAUAAGCACGAUUCGGGCGGGUCAGCAGCACCAUCGGCGAACGGUACAGCAGAGAAGCCAAAUCCCUCCGCACAGGAAUCCAGUGAGAAUGCACCCGAGAAGGAAAAAUCCCCCGCAAAAGAGCCUACAGAUGGGAUCGACCCACUGAUGCUAAGCAAGGAGCGGGACCGACUUUGCGGCUCCGUCACACCGACCGGUGAAGGAGCGCCCAUGGAUUCAUCCUCCUCCGGCAUCCAGUCGGGCGACGAUUCGGAGAAGAGCCCUGAAACGCUCAAAUCGUACAGCAAGCCGGAAUCGAUCGUGCUCCCCGUGCAGCCAGUCGUAAUCGAUCAGAUGCUGACGAGCAUGGAGGACGACAAAAUCGAACGACUGCUUAACGGCGAAACACAUACGAACGAUGCAACGCUCGAAUCACUCAAGCGGCAAUGGCAGUCGACGGAGGGCAGGAUCCGAAAGCCCAAAUUUGCUUCCAACUUUUCCGAAGCGCGUCGGCUGAUGAAAGUGCGCAAGCAGAUGCAGCGCCAGGAGCAGAAAUGUCGCGAGCAGGCGCUAGCGAUGGCGAAAAAGUACAUCAGCGAAAGCAAAGCAUUCGGCGGCCGCUGUAUGGAGGAUCAGGGCAUUGAGCUGGAGUUUGUGUGCGACGGGACGCGUAAAUCGCCCGGGCCGACCAUUUCUUCCCCAAUCCCGAAGGCGGAACCGACGGGGGAGAGUGUGCAGGUGGGCGGAGGGAGCGAUCCGGAGCUACGGUACUUCCCCGAGGAGCAGGAAGUGUUCCAGCUCGACGAGAAGCGGCUCGACUUUCUGCGCUCCAAGACGGAGGGCGUCACGUUCGGUAAGAACUUUAAGGUACAGCAUUACCGUACGAUCGUCUACUCGCUCACCGUGGCAACGCCAAAGGUAGCGAAACGAGCUGCCACGCCGGGUGCGGCGGGCAGUGGCAAGGCAAAGCGUACCGCGACCGUUAACGGGGUGGCGAAAAAGCUGGACCUUACGGUGGAAGACGAAAGCAAGCGGGCCGGUUUGGCGACGAUCCGCAAGCAACGAUCCAUCAGGAAUCGGUUGGUUGAGAAAAGCACACCACCGUCCGUCGGAACGGACGCAUAAGAAGGGCGUGUGUGUGUUUGUGUGGAUGUGCAUGUGUAGAGUAACUAUUAAAGGCGUAGUCAGACAAAGACAACAAUGUCCAGUUUCCAAGGAAGGGUUUUAUUAACUGUUAGGCUUUGAUUUGGAUGAUCAUUACGAGAGUAAAUAAAGAGUUAUAUUAGUUUUA